UACCGCCGCCAUCAUUAAAACGGAGGACACCGACCGGAACUCUCUUAAACCCUAACCCUGUGAGAAAUCAGGACGGUUAUCUUUGGUGAUCAUGGGCCGCCACUUCGGGGACUUGGCCAAGAUUAGGCACAUCAUAACAUACAGCAUCUCCCCCUUUGAGCAGAGGGCUUUCCCCAACUACUUCUCAAAGGGAAUUCCCAAUGUGUGGAGAAGGUUCACAGCCUCCUUCUUCAAAGUUGCCCCUCCUAUGACCCUCAUGUAUCUGACCUAUACCUGGGGCAACAGUGCCUAUGAGCAGGGCAAGAGGAAGAAUGCUGCUGACUUUGAGAACGACGCCUAAAUCUCUCAUGCCGCUUCUCAAAAAAUGCUUUUGUGUCAUAUACAUGUGACUAAUAAAGAUUAAAUAUUAUUUAUGCCAAACCAGUCCAUUUUUAUUUGAGUUUGUUGUGAGUUAAACCAUGUUUUAUUUGGUGUAGAUUUCAAAUAAACAAUUGUUAUGAUUCAGUGAAUACAACAUAAGGUGAUACAGACUUAUGUGUCGUUACUGACAGGAAUUUUACUCAUUAGUGAAGUUGAGUUUGUUUUUUUUUUGCAACUCAUGAAAAGGAUUUCUUUUGAAAUGUCCAUCAUUGAAGUAAAUGGUUCAAUGGGAGAAAAAUUCUGUAUAUCCAUUUUUUUCUCUGGGAAAAAGAAAAAGAGGAUAUUUGUCUCACACUCAAUGGCACUGCAUAAGCCUCCAUUCUUAGGCUUUUUCCUGUUGUAUAAAUGUAAGUUAAUAGUUCACUUUAUAUACAUUUUAAAAACUAAAUCCUAUUUCAGACUUCAGAUAUUGUGAUAGGUGCGCCACUGCACAUUAGUUUUGGCCACUACUAUGGUGAUGUUAUUAGUAAUUUCCAGUUUGUUGCAAUGUACUCACGUACUGGUCAUGUUAAUUAGAUGAAAAUCAGACAAGCCUUUAGAAAAUCUAGUGAAACUGGAUUUGGCAUUAAAAUACUACAUUGAGUUUCACUGUACGCCACCUUUCCUUCUUAAACAUGUAUUGACAUUAGGCUACAUAAGAUUGAAAACCGAAAAGGCACUGACAUGUAAUAGAACAGUGUGUAUAUUUUCAACUUUUCAGUACUCUAUUUUGGCUAAGUUGCAAGACCUGCCAAUUAGUAACCUGGGGUAAUAUAAGAAUUAUCUAAAAAUGAUAAACGAUUCAGAUGUGUAAUGUUCCUGAAGCCGUCAUCAAUAGAAACUUGAAAUAAAAGUUUAUCAACGU